GUUCACAGAAAUAAUAAAUGUGCGGUUGGUUAAUGGAAACAGUCCCUGCAGUGGGACAGUGGAGGUUCAUCACAGAGGUCAGUGGGGAACAGUGUGUGACAUUGGCUGGGAUUUGGCUGAUGCUGCAGUGGUGUGUAGAGAGCUGGACUGUGGAGAACCUGUAGAUGCUCUGAGUGAUGCUCAGGUUGGACUCGGAUCAGGACCAGUCUGGAUGAAUAAUGCAAUGUGUACUGGAUCUGAGUCCACACUGAAGAAGUGUGGAUCUAUCAUAUGGGGUUUUCAAGGUGUGUGCCAGAGCAAGAGUGCAGGAGUCAUCUGCUCAGGCGUCAGGCUGGUUGGAGGUUCUCGCUGCUCUGGGAGGUUAGAGAUACUUCAUGAUCAGACGUGGAUGUCAGUGUGUGACGCUGUCUUUGACCAGCAGGAUGCAGAGGUUGUGUGUAGAGAGCUGGACUGUGGGGCUCCUGUACAGGUGCUGGGAGCAGCUGCUUUUGACAAAGGAGACGCUCAGAUGUGGACACAAGAGAUUCAGUGCAGAGGAAAUGAGUCUCAGAUUCGAAUGUGUCCAGCAUCAGAGAAACACAGCUGCUCUCAUGAUGAUCACCAGGUGCUUCAGUGUGCUGAUGUAAUGCAUGUGAGAUUGGUAAAUGGUAACAGUCCUUGUGCUGGUAGAGUGGAGGUUCUUCACAGAGGUCAGUGGGGAACAGUGUGUGACACUGGCUUGGAUAUGCCUGAUGCUGCAGUGGUGUGUAGAGAGCUGGACUGUGGAGAACCUGUAGAUGCUCUGGGUGAUGCUCAUUUUGGUCCAGGAUCAGGACCAAUCUGGAUGAGUCUUUUAACAUGUUUAGGAACAGAGUCUACACUGAAGAACUGUGGGUCAGCAGGACUGAAUAUACCAGUGUGCUCUCAUAAUUAUGAUGCUGGUGUCAUAUGCUCAGGUCAUAAACGCUCCAGACUUGCUGAUGGGUCUAAUCUUUGCUCUGGGAGGUUAGAUAUACUUCAUGAUCAAACGUGGAUGUCAGUGUGUGAUGCUGUCUUUGACCAGCAGGAUGCAGAGGUUGUGUGUAGAGAGCUGGACUGUGGGGCUCCUGUACAGAUGCUGGGAGCAACUGCUUUUGACAAAGGAGACGCUCAGAUGUUGACACAAGAGAUUCAGUGCAGAGGAAAUGAAUCUCAUAUUUCAUUCUGUUCAAUAUCAUCACUCAAACACAACUGCACCACUGACAACAUUGUGGGACUGAUCUGUUCUGGUUACACUGAUCUCAGACUGAUAAAUGGCUCAGACACUUGUUCUGGAAGAGUGGAGCUUCAGUUCCUCAAAGAGUGGGGCACAUUGUGUGAUGCAUGCUGGGAUAUGAGAGCUGCCAGUGUCCUCUGUAGACAGCUGAAUUGUGGGAUUGCUGUGUCUGUUGUUGGAUCAGACUGGUUUGGAGAGGGAAGUUAUGAAAUCUGGGCUGAUGUGUUUGAUUGUGACGGGAAUGAAACAAAACUCUCAGAAUGUUCCAUCUCUUCAUGGAGUCGAGCUGAAUGUUCUCACAGACGAGAUGUUGGAGUCAUCUGCUCUGGUUCCUCUCUGGCUCUUCAUGAUGGUCUGGUGCGGUUGUCUGGAGAGAGACAGUGUGAGGGGGAGCUGGAAACAGCUGGGCUGUGGCUCUGUGAACACAGUCAUGAGUGUGUGACGGGCUUCCAGUGCUCUGGGAGUGAAGCUCAUCUGGGGAACUGCAGCUCUCCACAAACUCUCAACUGCAGCUCCACACAACAGGUGUACAUCACCUGCCUUGGUCGUGGGUCCAUCAGGCUGGUGGGUUCUGGGGGAGACUGUGCAGGGAGGCUGGAGGUUUUUCACAGAGGCUCAUGGGGGACAGUGUGUGAUGACUCCUGGGAUAUUAAAGAUGCCCAUGUGGUGUGCAGACAGCUGCAGUGUGGAGUGGCCCUCAGUAACCAGCAGGUACCAGCCUGGUUUGGUCCUGGUUCUGGACACACAUGGCUGGAUGAGGUGGAGUGUGAGGGGAAUGAGACGUCCCUGUGGAGCUGCUCUUCUUCAGGCUGGGGAAAACAUGACUGUAAACACAAGGAGGAUGUAGGAGUCGUGUGCUCAGGUAAACAUGCUACUAAAUAGUUUAAACUGAAAUUAAGUAUAAAGUUUUACACAUUUCAAAAUUCAAGUGUACAAAAUUUUCACAUUUUUGAAACUUGUGAUUUUAAAAUUGAUAUUGUUUGUGUAGAGUAUAAAGAGAUCAGGUUAACUGAGGGCUGUGAAGGGAAUGUGAAGGUUUUCUACAAUGGAUCCUGGGGUAAUGUGUGUUACAACAAGAUGGACAAAGACACAGCGAGUCUGAUCUGUCAAGAGCUGAACUGUGGAAGAUCUGGUGUUUGGUGUGAUUCUACACCAAGAUUAAAAUCAGCUCCUAACUGGCUGGAUAAAGUUACAUGUCGACCACAUGAUUCCACUUUAUGGCAGUGUCCUUCUUCAGUCUGGGGACAGAAUAACUGUGGUGACGAUGAAGUGGCCAAAAUCAUCUGCUCAGAACAUGAGAUCCCUGAGUCUCCUCGAAGCUCUCUGACAUGCUCCACAUCUCCCCAUCACAGACAGUGUUCAGAUCAUGUUCCUCUCAGACUGAGUGGAGGUAAGGGCCGGUGCUCUGGGAGGCUGGAGGUGUAUCAUAACGCUGUGUGGGGCUCAGUCUGUGAUGAUCAGUGGGACAUCAGCGAUGCUCAGGUGGUCUGCAGGCAGCUGGGUUGUGGAGCAGCACUGAGGGCUGAUGGGAAUUCAGUCUUUGGUGCUGGUAAAGGUGUUAUGUGGAUGAACAGAGUCGAGUGCAGAGGGAAUGAGAUUCACCUGUGGGACUGUCCUCUCUCCCUGAAAAACCACACUGACUGCUCCAACAAAGAGCACGCUGGACUCACAUGUGCAGGUCACAGCCAAAUACUGAGAAAUAAUAUUUAUUUUUAG